CGCGACCCAUGGCGAUGGUAGCACACAACUGGUUGUGGCUUUCACGAGGCAGGUACGCCGUCGCGCGCUCUCGAUGAGUCGUUCCGCUCCGCUCUCGCACCGCAUUCCGUGUCGACGCGCCGUCCGGUCGAUCCCGUCGUACGACGCCGCGCCUCUCUCACGUCGGAGCCCGUGGGACACCGGGACGCAGAACCUGGAAGCCCCGUCGGGUUUCUCGCCGCGUGUGGGAGUGCCCCUGCGUCGGAUGUAAAACGUGCGCGACACCGCCGUGGCUGUGCGCGUACGGAGCGAGCUGUCAAACGCGGGAGCCGGCGCGCGUUUUCGCGCGGAGUUUUCGCAAGCGGCACGCGGGAAAAAAAAAAGAGGAGCACGUCACGUGCACACGCGGCGGAGCGAUUCGCCGCCCACCACCCUCGUCGCGAUCCGCGGAUUUGCAUCCGCGCGAAAUAUGAACGACUCAUAACGAGUGUGCUGUGCUCUCGCGUGCGGACGUAAAUACGCGUACACGCACUCACACACACACACAUACGAGUUACGUCGAACGUCACGUGGCGGCCACGAUGCUCUGUCGACUUGUGAUACUGCUGUUCGUCGUCGCGCGGCCGGCAGCGAGCUACUUCAAUCUCUUCCUCAGCCACGCGGAGGUUCACAAACUGCUGGGACUGGAUGGAGAAUUAUUUUAUGUGAGGGAAGGUGUUGUAAACGAGUACGCUAUGAAGUUCGUCGUUCCUGUGCCAGCGUUGAUUCACAAGCUCCAUUUCACGUGGGAAAAUAUCGCCGGUAGACCGCUGCCAUACACGAUGUCCGUGGAUAUCAGCAAUCCUUCGGUGUUAAGCAGUUCGCUGAAUGUCUCUCAGUUUGGCGAGAUACCCGUCGGUGGUUUGCAAACGUGGGCCUUGUCAUUGCAUUGCGGACCCUACAAUGUAGAAGUCGACCUCGUUCUUCGAAUAAACGUCUCGCUAUCGAGAAAGAACACCACCAGCUUGGAGUUCAAGCGAAAGAAGAUCUGUAUGAAGAAAGAGAGUUACACCGAGCCCGAGGAGGUCUUAGUCGCUGCUUCCGACUCCACUUCUGGCGGUCAGAUUUUCUACGUAGCGAUUGGCUGCGCGUGUGCGUUCAUGGCGGCUGUUUUCGUCCUGAUUAUGGCUUACUAUGUGCGCGACAAGAAGACUAGGAGACACCGAGAUCCUCUUCAGGAAUCUAGAGGGCUAAGUUCAGCGUGCAGCAUGGAAAGAGGCACUGGAGUGGGACCUGCGCAAACUUUUUUGUCACCGGAAACACCUCCACCCACCUCUGCAGCGUCAGGAUCGUCUUAUAGAAGAUUGGAUGAACGUCCUAACAGAGAACUUCAUGAAAGAAUCCAGGAAAUCACUGUGCAAAGAUGCAGGGUGCGUCUCCUCAGUAUUGAAUUAGAAGGAACAUUUGGGCGCGUGUACAGGGGCAGUUAUCAUGAAGAAGGCGCUCUAACCCCGAAGGACGUACUAGUGAAAACUGCUGCUGAACACGCAUCCCAAUCACAAGUGGCCCUGUUACUGCGAGAAGGUUUAGUUCUCUAUGGACUCAGUCAUCCAGCAUUACUUCCGGUCCUCGGUGUUUCCAUUGAGGACAGAAGCGCGCCUUUUCUAUUGUAUCCGCACACGGGCUACAGAAAUAUGAAGAGAUUUUUAUUGAGGUGCAAGUUUAGUAACGAAGGACCUCCGAGGGCCCUCACCACGCAAGAAGUUGUCGAAAUGGCACUCCAAGCCGCCAAAGGUGCACAGUACCUUCAUAGAAAGAGGAUCGUUCAUAGAGACUUGGCCGCCAGAAAUUGCGUGGUGGACGAUGAUUUGAGAGUACAGAUUACAGACAACGCCUUGGCUAGAGAUCUGUUCCCACAGGAUUAUCACUGCCUCGGCGAUAACGAAAAUCGCCCAAUCAAAUGGCUAGCGAUAGAAAGUUUACUCAAUAAGACUUUCACUACAGCCUCCGACGUGUGGGCGUUCGGCGUUUUAUUGUGGGAGCUAACGACGUUGGCGCAACAGCCCUAUGGAGAAGUGGAUCCAUUCGAGAUGGCAUCUUAUCUCCGGGAGGGAUACAGGUUGGCGCAACCGAUAAACUGUCCAGACGAGCUGUUCGCAGUGAUGGCGUAUUGCUGGGCGAUGUCAGCGGAAGAGAGGCCAACAUUUAGUCAAUUGAUUAUUUGUCUACAAGAUUUUCACACUCAGUUAACGCGAUACGUUUAAUUGAGCGUGUUCACUGGCUGUAAGAUAGGACUGAACUUUACUAUUAAGAGCUUUAUCUCCAUUAAAUUUCUAAAAACAUAUCGAAAUUUUUAUAUUGAAGUCUCCUAUUGAGAUUUUAAUAUAAGAAAGCGUGUAUAUAUUAUUCUAGUACUUAGGUCCUCGUAUAAUGUAAGCGUUUUUAUAGCAGUCAUGUAUGGCUGUAGUAGAGUCUAAUAAUAACAAGCAUACAUCACUUUUCUCUUCAAAAUUAUAUAAUUAAGAGUAAAAUCGGUCAAAAUAUCGGUCAAAAUUUAGGAUAGAAUCUUACUGUUGUGAUUAUUUUUGUAUAAAACAAUUCUAAAAUUUCACUUUAUUUAAAUAUAUAUGUAUAUUUUAUAUACAUAUAUAUAUAAAUUAUAUGUAUACUGCGUGUAUAGAAAUAUAUAUACAUAUGUAAUAUAUAGUUCUAUAUUACAUGUAGAAUAUAUAUUUCUAAAAUAGCGAUAUGUUUUUAAGACAUUUUUGUAUAAUGAAUAAGGAGUGCAUGUAAGAAAUCGCGUGAAUUAUUCAUAUUGUAAAAGUUAAGACUGAAUUCCUAUUGUUGCGCCAUGUAUUUGGCGUAUGUUCAACCUGUGUCAUCCAUGAUUACCAAAACCGGCGAAAGUACGUCAUCGUGUCGUACACUGCCAGUCCCAUUUUUGGAAACCUGUACUGCCGGUGAUGAAACGGAGAAUCUGAGCCAUGUGAUACGCGCUUUGCUUGCCUACGUGAGUGUGUUUCGAGCGUGCCAAUAUCUAUUCUCUUUUCUUUUCCCUUUUGUAUUUUUGUACAUAAUAUAUUUUAAUGCGCAUACGCGUUAUAUCGAUGAGUAUACGAGUCGCGCUUAGACGAAAGGAUCCUGUGUAUAUAUAAUUAACGUGUAGCGAGCGAGACUAUAAUUGUACAUACUACAGGCGUUGCGAGUCUAAUAAAUUUCUAUCUAUACGAUACAGAA